AUGAAAACUUUAAAAUUUUUCGGUGAUCAAGCUCGUUCGGAUCCUUCUCAUCCUGAAGAUGAUGCUAAAUCUAAACCUUCCUUGAUGGCUAAAGUAAAAAGCCUUCGUAAAAGGACUAAAGAUGGUUCUAGUGAUUCAGAUAAAAGAAAUAGUAUAAUUGAAAAAAAUCAUGAUGAAUCUUUAGUUACAAAAGAUAAAGCUGAUAGUGAUUACGCUAAAAGUAUUAAUAGUAAUCAUCGUCAAAGUGUUAUAAGCGUUAAUGGUAAUCGUCUUAGUGGUGUUGAAUAUGAUAAUUUGGUUAAAGGUUUAAAAGAUGAAUUGGAAAAAGUUAGUUACGAAAAAGAAUCCGUAAAACAACAAGCUGAAAAAGUUGAACAAGAACUUAGACGUCGUGAUAGUGAUAUUAAAAGUUUAAAGGAUGAAUUGGAAAAAUUACAAAAAGAUAAUUCUACUCCCUCAACUCCUGAUCGUAAUUCAAAUGAUAUCUCUUUGGCUGUUGAUAAUGCUCUUCAACAAGAAGUUGAUCGUUUAAAAUUCGAAUUACAACAAAAAGAUUCC